GUCAGUGCCAGCUGUGUGCGGAGCGCGAGCGGCAGAGGCAGAGCAACGGCAGCGGCAGCGGCAGCCGUGUGAGGCCCGGGAUCGAGCGGGCCCGGCUCAUUGCAGCCCGGAAUGGAGAGGCUGCCCGCCUACUCCCACAUCACAGGAUUAGUCAAGAAUUUGAAUCUUGCAAGAUAUCUAUGGAGUGAGUGUAGAGUCAGCUGCCAGAACAGUGAAGACUUUUAAAACUUAAUAUACUACUCCUGAUUUUAUAAGAUUGCAGGAGCUGUGAACUGGAAGUGUCUGCCAGCUAAUGGAAGGAAAAACACCGAGCAAAUCUGCUUCUGUUUCGAGAUUGCCCAAGUUUGGCGGUGGAACAUCUAAAUUAAGUGAGAUUCUUCCUCAACCUGAAUCAAAUGGAGCCUGUGUUCGCAGUGUCAGUGCUUCCAGCAGUUCAAACUUUGAUUCCAAGCAGAAUGGAACUGGUCGUUCAGGUGCCUUUUCUUUCAACUGGAAGAAGUCUGGUAAAACUAAAGGUGGUGGACAAGGAGCAAAAAACCCAGUUAGUUCCUUGUCUUGUUCUGUUAUGAAUGAAGCACAUGCUAAAGUUGAGAGAAAUUUUUAUUCUAAAGUUCCUCUUGUCAAAGAUCACACAGACUUGGGUUUUAAGAGUAAAUCUACUGCAGCAUCCAGCCAUCAAAAGAAGCAUCAAUUUGUACCUUGUGUGAAAGAAAAUAAAAUGCUUGUCACUAGCUCAAAUCAUUCCUCGAAAGGAAACCAUGGUAAAUUACAGGGAAAGUCAUUCACAACAUCUCACAUUUCAAGGUCCCAGUCAUUCGGUCACUUUCGUAAAACAGCUUUAAAGAUGUCUGAUCAAGAAGAGUGUUUCUCUGCAUCAAGCAGUUCAAAAGGAAGUCUUAACCAAUCUACAGAAAGCUUGAAGAACUUAUUGGAAGAGAACAUUGUUAGGUCACAGAGCUUUUCAUAUUCCACACAAAGUAACUCCUAUAGUUCUGAUGUAAUACCAAGAUCUUUGUCCUUUUCAAAGGCUGCAGAUGUUUCUAGACCUUGUCUGAAGCAGCAAAUGAGGAUAGGUCUUCCCUUGAAAUCAAACGCUUAUCGCUAUGGGGCAAGGGGUACAGAUAGCCCAAGCACCGCUGAAUCACUUAGUAAAAGUGCUUCAGCUAGACUAUGCUUAAAAGUACCAUCAUCUGCUUUGAAAAAGUCUCAGCUUCCUACCUGCCUCACAUCUUCAUUUUAUACUGGUACUUCUGCUUCUAAAAUGUCUCAGUCUUCAUUAAUUAAAUGUAAUAGGUUGACCACUUCAGGAACAGCAAGCAAUGUAAAUUCAGUAUCUGAUACCAUAAAAGAAACAGAUGGAAUUCCUACUCUUGUUGAAAGUAGCUCAAAUAAUGUAAAUGUAAAUAUUGAAUACGUUGCUGAUAACACAUUAAACAGUAAUGCUAUAAGUGAGAAAGCUGAUCUUGGAGCUACUGAAGAACUUCAGUCAUCUUCUGCAAAAGAUAUUGAUGAUCCAGAAGGAAUUAUCUCAAUUUAUUCCAACAGUGAUAUAAUUAAUAAUAGCGAACAGUUAGCAAAUUCUGGUACUGAGUCAAUUGAAAUUUUGGAUAGCGAUAAUUCUAUUUCCACAGAAAUUCCUGAUGAUCUUUACAUUCCUAAUGAGGCCAUGUCUUCAGAAGGAUUAGAGGAAGCUCUAAUUUUGACACAUACAGGCACGGAAUGGAUGGAUACUGGAUUCUCUGAUCAUUGCAAAGAUUUGGAGAGUUCCCAGACCACUGCCUCAGGUAAUGACCUUGUGUCUUCAGAUGCCAACUACGCAAUGGGCUCUUCCUUUGAACUUUCUCCUUCCAGUAGUUCAGCUGGAACAUAUAUGUGGGAUGAAGAAGGCAUGGAGGGACUUGGUACAGUCCAGCAGUGUGGCAGCCUUGAGUCUUCAGAGAUGAACAGCCUGGAUAUUUUGAACAAUCUGGAGUCAGGUGAUCUGGAUGAAAAUGACCUUAUGCUGGAUGUCGAUCUGCCUGAGGAUGCUCCUUGUAAAAUCGAACCAUGUGAAAGUAUGGCUCACUUAGAGAGGUCAGAGAGAGGAAAUAGGAACCAAGGAUUCUGGCGAAAGAGAUAUCCACGCUGGAGAGGACAGGAUCACCAGGGGAACAGUGAAUUGCAAAGGAGUCCAGUUUCCCAGGAGUUUCCAGUGGGCCAUUUUGAAUGGGCUGCAGCUUCAAGCUACUAUCACCCUUCUGCUAAUCAUGUGAGAUCCUCUCAUCCCAUGACGGACAGCACUGUGAUGCUGGAUGUUCUGACACUGAGGCACAUGGUACAAGAUUGCACAGCUGUUAAAACCCAGAUACUUAAGCUGAAGCGGUUGCUACAACAGAAUGGUGACGGUUCCUCAGUAAAUGAUUUGAUAGCUGUAGUCUCACCAACACAAGAACAAGCUGAGGCUAUAAAUUCUACAGAUAAGACUAACGAGUUGCUUGGAGAGAUCCAGGUGUUGCAAGAGGAAAUGAAAAGAAAAGAUCAAGUAAUAGAACAGUUACAACAACAGUUGAGCACCAGAUGUAAUUGCCAGAAAGAAAAUUCAGCCACAAAACGACCAGCCUGUUCAAAUGUUGAUAAGACUACACAGACAGUCACUAAAGGAAUUUCUCCUCCAGUACUACAGCCUUCCAACUACAUAUGCAGCUCCAAAGAUCGCAACAUGGGAAAAUUAGCAAAGCCAAUCCGAACCGAGGACCCCAGUAGGAAUCUGAGGAAUGGAUCAAAUGAGAACUGCCGUCAAACUAAUCAAGGUGGAAAAAAUGUUAUUUGUUCACAGCUAGAUUCUGAUAAAGGCUUCACUCAAUCAACCCAAAAAAAGGAUGAUGACUGUAAUGACAAAUCUGCCCAGAAACUCUUAGUCUCCAAUAAGGCCAAACAGAAUCCAGGUAGUCUGCCUAAGGAACGCCAGCACAGUCAGGUUUCAGUGCAGGAGGUCAGUUUACCUAGCACUUCAGUAUUUACAGAAGAAGCCUUAAAUAAAGGCCAUCAUCUCAAGUUUGCUUUUAAACAGUGUCUGCCUUCUAAGGAUUUGAAUGUCAAGCCCAAGAUCCAGACUUCAAUUAUGAAGUCUUCUCUAAUCUCUAAGUCUAGGAAAAAUGCUGAUGCAAUCCAUCACACAGAAAUUUUCUCUGUAAACAGUCCAGUUCAACCACCUAUAGAUGAUCAAAAGGAAUCAGAACAACAGUCAAUACCCACAAAUCUUUCUACGCAAAAAGAUGAGCAACAAAAAAGAAAAUCCAAACCAUCGCCUUCACUCUCCUCACCACUUCUGAGUAUUAAGACUUCAGCAUUUUCAGCCAGUCCUGGGUCACUUCAUAAGGAGAUUCAAUGCACUGAGUCUGCCGAAUACCAAGAUGAAUCUUCCUCAGAGACCCAUCUAUCCAGCAGGUUACCGAAAAAACAGCUGCUCAGAGAAGAUUGUCCUGCAAAGGAUCAGAGAUAUGAGUCCCAGGCAGAAAAACCUCCACCAUCUGUUCGUCAUUCCCGCCUUCGUAAGCCAAAGACUCAUGCAUUCAGUCCCUCAAAUUGAAGUUUUCAAGGUUGAUAAAAGUCUUUCAAGUACAUUAGAAAGUUGCCUGCCAGAUGAAAUUUCACCAAGUCUAGAACUGGUAACUGUUAACUUGGCCUAACUAACUUCCCUCAAUCAAAAUGACAGCUGCUGACCUGGUUGAUGCAAUGGCAAAGUCACACAUAUGCAGACUCCUGAGACAGUUUAUAUUUUGCGAUGUGAGGCCUUUUACUUUGGGACAAUACAAAUAACAAAUGUGGAAAUUUUGGUCAGAUUUUGCCAGGAUGGGACUAUGAAUGUAAAUCAACUGUGGAGCAGUUAUGAAUCUGUAAUGACCUGGACAUGUGUUACAAAGUUGUAACUCUUGAUAGAACCUUGAGGAGCAGGAUUUAUUUGAAGGGAAAACUGUAUUUGUAUGCUGUUGUCUUAUAUUUCAGUUAAUCUGAUUGAACAUGUUAUGUUUGGAGAGACAGUAAAGACAGCUGACUGGUAAAGUGGUAAUUUUCAUUUUAGCUGACCAGUCUAAGUUCAAUACUUUUGUUUGUUUGGAACUAUUAGAUUAAAAUAUAUUUAAGUUAAAAUUCUGGAGGGAUAGGUUUUUAAUAUAAGUAAUAAAAAAGCUCUGCUUUAAAUUACCUGGAAUGGGAAUCAUACUUACCAGAUCUUUACCAGAAAGAAUGGGCAUAAUGUUUAAUGUGGCUGUAAAUAUUUCAUAAGACCCUUGUCUAAAGCUCUAAAGGCAACCAGAAGAGAGAUUACUAUUCUUUUCAAUUUAUCUGAUCCUGGGCAAGAUGCAAUAUUAAGGGCAUUUGGUGGAAAGAGGUUAUUGUGCUCAUUUCUUUGCAAUGCACAUGCACAGUUUUUAGUGUCUGUUUCUGUCGCUACAUCGGCAGAUUUACUACCUAUUUAACUAAGUAUCGAAUAUACAGAAAAACUGUGCCAAUAAUCAUGACCUUACAUCCCAAAGGGCGUGGGUUUAAAUUCGCGCCAGUCCUGUGAACUAUUCUCUUACUAUUGUGGGUUUAACUGAUUUUCAUUGAAACUUUUAAGCCAACUUGUAACUUAGCUUACUAUAGACGGAAGUCUACAGAACAGAACUCUCAAGUAAUUUGACAACCUCCCUUGGAGAAGCUACGUGGACAGAUGGUGUGAAAAUUUCAAGGUUCUUUUUUAGAGUCAGUGAUGUACUGAGCAAACAACAUCUGACUUUAAGACUGUGUUCCUUUGUCACUAUCCUGGCAUGCUUCAAUUUAGGAGCAACAUUCACCUCUGAUGUAGGCUUGUUGCUUUGCAGAGAAGAACUUCACUCAAAAGAUACAAUGAUUUUAGGAAGAGCUGAGAUUAUUUUUAGUAGUUAAAUUUAAAUUGAUGCUCUGACUGCCUCCUGAGGAGAUAACUGGUCAUCAGUUCAUAGAUUCAUUGAGUAUUCUGAACAAGAGUUGAGCAUGUCAUUCCAUAUUAUGUGCAUGCAGUUACUACACCUGGCAUACACACAAAAAGUGCUGUAUCAGCCCCGUUGUCAGAAGUAAGAUGAAAUCUGUGACCUCAGUCUCAAAUAGUAAACCAGCUUUUAAUUAACUUCAGUAGUGCAGGGAAAGAAAGGCAGAAUCUGAAUUCCCUUUAGUCUCAACUUUGCACACUGUUAGGGGUUGUCACUAAGUAUUUGAGCUAAAUUAUUCCAAGGAUCAGGGCAUCUUAAUGUACAAAUCCACUACGUGCUAUAGGCACAGAGGUGGAAUGGGGCAGAGGAGGGGCUGAGUGAGAUUUCCUUGGCUCUUAAUGUCAAAUCCUUGUGAAAUUUUGAUCACUGUCUUUUACUCUCUCUUGUUUCUCAUUAACAAAUUGGAUUCAGGAAAUAUCUACUAACCUACUGUGCCCUAGGAAGUUUGCAACUGUUCUUUUCCUUUUUCAUAACCAGAUAUAACAUUUGGCCCAUCUCUCAGAGCACACACAUUGGUCCCACUCCCCACUUAUCUCCCUGCAACCCAUUCUCUCUCACAUGCCCACCAAUUUCCCCCGUGAUUCUGCUGCCAUUCACCUGUAAUUUCGAGUGGCCAGUUAGCUUACCUGCAUGUCUUCACGAAGUGGAGAAGCUCUGGUGACACAAAGACAAUGUGCAAACUGUGCAUUCGCUUUUAUUAUAACAGAAUAUUUCAAAAUACAGAAUGAGAAAUUAAUAUUACCUGAAUUUAAAGUCAGAAAUUUCCUUGUAAAAGAAGUCCAUUUGUUCUGUAUGAAUCUGAGCUUCCUGUUACAGCUAAUUCCCUGGUAAACUUCUCUGCACCUUUCAACAUUUAUCAUUGAUGUGUGGACUGCUCCUAUAAGCUUAGUGCUUAUCUAAAAGUGUGACACAUGUAAAGUAAAACUGGGAGGUACAGCAAAAGAUAUUAUGUUAAAAUGUCAGCUUUUGUCACAUGAAACUGCAUCAAGGUUCUGAACAGCAUUGGUAAGUGUACAUGGCACUCCUGAGUUUGUACUUAAAUGAUUCAAUGUCCUAUAAUAGUUGGCACAGAGAGUUGAGAAAGGAAAUAAUUUGACCAGGGUAGUGUCAUAAACUUGGUCUUCUUUUAAAGUUCAUAAUAUUGUAUUUCCAAUAUAAAUUCUAUUAUCCGCAUUUAUAGUGGGAACUACAUGUGUAAACUUGUCACACUAUAAUCACUUCUCUUGUUUCUGAUAAUAUUGCAGUAACCUCAGAUAUUAAAUACAGUAUGGCUGCACGUACAUUCAAAGCAUAUACACAUAUAUCAUUGCAGGUGUUCAUGAAUGUUGAAUUGCAUAUAGCCCAGGUCCUUGCAGAUUUAUAAAUUAUUAAGUAUCAUUAAAUUCUGUAUCAAACGUGCUGCUGUGUCCAAGUGCAAUAUAUGCUGAUGUAAUGAUGAAAUGAGGUUCAGAAAGUACACUUAAAUGUAUAUGCAAAAUCAAUUAUUGACUAAGUUUUUGGAACUGCAUAAUAGAUUAAAUGAAUAAGGAGAUGCACUUUAAAUGAUUCUAUAUGUCAUACAGUUGUGCCUAUGCUGAGCCCGUGGCACCAAGUCAGAAGUGGGAUUUAUCAGUUUGCUGCAAUCGUUGUUGGAUAUGCUUGUUGCUUUAGGUGGUAAGUGCUGUUUUCAUUGUGUGGUAGUAUGGUGCCUCACUGUAAUAAUAAUAACUCCCAGCAGGUGGCUCCUGUUUUAGUCUGGAACGUGGCAGUAUUUAGUUCGUCCACUGUGUUGCACAAUUCAUCCAUCCCCAGAUUGGAAACUGAAAUCCAAGUCUAACCUUGGCUGGGGACAUGAAUAAAAAGGUUGUACUCAUGUACUGGUACUGGUCUUAAUUUGUGUGAAUGCUUAACAUAAGUCACCUUUAUCUCCAUUUCAAAGCCAUGAUUUGAAACUAACAACAUUUGUUGAUGUGACAGAAAUUGUCUAUGCCUCAGGGAAACAGUUUUGCUUGCUGUUUGUAGCAAAGCUACUAAAUAAAGAUGUCUUGUAUAUUUGCUACAAAUUCAUUUCCUAAAUGAAGAGAAACAGUUUCUUUCUGUGAUGACGUCGUCUCUGUAAGACAUAUGAACAGAAUUAGGCCAUUGACACUCCUCUGCCAUUUGAUCAUGGCUGAUUUUAUUUUCUUCUCAAACACAUUCUGCUUCCUUCUCUGGUGAAAAUAUUCAGUAUUUUUCAUUUUCACUUUAUCAUUGUCGAAUUUUUGCUAUCAAAACUUGGCUCAUUAGAGAAACAUACCGAAACAACUGCUUCCUGACACUCAUGCAGAGGUACCAAGGCAGCUUCUCCCCUUCCAAAGUGCAGUACUUUGAAGUGUUAUUGUGUCUGCUUAUUCAGGUGUCCAGGGCAAAAUUCCUCUACCAAAGAAAAGCUUGUGUAUAUUGGAAAAUUUAACCGGGCUUGUAUCUUCAGAGACUGCAAAGUACCUUGAAGUGUUUUGUAGGAGACAUCAUAAUGCCAUUAAUACGAGUUUUCAUUUAACAACAUGGUUAAACAUCCAACUGGGAAUUGUAAACAUGCCAUUUUUAAAACAAGUGUACCUUAAUUGUAUUAUGAAGAUUACUUGAUUCAGUUAAAUACGCUACACGGAUGAUAGAAUGAUUUAGAUUUCUGAAUGUAUUCAAAUUGAAUUCAUUAUGAAAUUGAAAGUGAUGGCAAUACCAACAUGGAUAUCUCAUCCUGUCUAUUUGGAUUGUUUACCUGAGCCACUUCUCAGCUUGAUACAUUAAUUGGAGAAAGUUUAAAAUAAAAUUACAUUUCUAUUGCUCUAGCAAUUUUCUUUUUUUUCCUAUUCUGUGCAUAUUACAUGAUUAAUGUGAUUAGUCUGGAUUGAUAAGUUUCCAUUAUUACUGAUUAUAUUAUUGGGGUUCAUUUGUGGAAAUGUAAUUUCAGUUUUUCAUUUCACAUGUAUAAUGGGGUAAUACUGUGCAGAAAUGCUCACUGUUCUUCCUAACCAUGUAUAGGAAAUAAAAUGCAUUUGUUUCUUCAC